AUGAGUGAUAUGAAUGAAGAUGUCGAUGAAGAAUUGGACUUUCCUGAUUCAGAUUUAAAUAUUCUUCUACAAAUUGAAAAUAUGACAAAUGCAAAAAUAAUUGGAAUAGAAUUUAUAAGAUUUGAAUUUGGAAACCAAAUUUUUAAUUCCUUAUGCCUGUUUACACGUGACGAGUACUCGGCCGUGUCACUCGUUAUGUUGCUCGGUCUAAUACCGAAAUUGACCGAUGUCUUAAUGAAUAAAGAAGUUAUUAAAAAUUUAACAGACAUUACAUUAUAUUUAGGUAGACAUAAUUUACCAUAUAGAGGCCAUAGAAAAGGUUGGAAAGAUAAAAUCCAUGGAAACGUUAAAGAUUUAACAAUUUUAUUAGCAAAAUAUUCAUCGCCAUUAGCAUUACAUUUAAUUGAAGUUCAAUUGAAGGGAAAACACACAUAUAAUUUUAUUUCAUGGCAACGGCAAAGCCAAUUAAUUCAAGCUAUUGCCACUCACAUACGUAAUUCAAUUAAAGAUGAACUUAUUAAUGCCAAAUAUUUUGCCGUGUCUUUAGAUACUACAUUUGAUAUUUCCCGAAAGGAGCAGUUAUCAACAGUGUUUCGGUACAUAAAUAAAAACACUAGUGAUGUCUGUGAAAGACUAAUAGCUGUCCGAGAAACUUUACCAACUACUGACGAACAUUUGUUAACAAUUUUUAAUGAUUGAUGUGACGAAAUGGAAGAUUGGAAAAAGUAUCUAAUUGGCCAUUCAUACGAUGGUGCGGCUUCAAUGAGAGGUGCCUUUAAUGGAUUGCAGGCUAUAAUGAAAAACCAUAACCCUUCUGCUACUUAUGUUUGGUGUUUGGCAUACAGAUUUAGUUUAUUUAUAGUAGAUGCAACAAGCAGCAGUAAAAAACGAGUAGGGUUAUUUUUACAGUAUCAAAAAGAAAGAUAUCCUGGUAAGCCAUUACGUAGGUUAAAAAGAGUUAAAACUAACCAGAUAUUUGAGUUAACUAAUCCUUUAAGUAUAUUUUUACAAGGCGUACAAAUUGAUUUAUUGGCUGCUACUGAAUAUUUACAAUGUGUAUUUGAAAAUAUUUAA